GCGAGCGAGCGAGAGAGAAUCAGGGGGCAAGAGAGAGGAGGAGGAAAGAGCAGUUUUUAGUCUGGAGUGAAUGAGAGCGAGGCAGAGUGAGCUCCAUCUCUCUCUCUCUCUCUCACUGUCUCUAUCAGCACCACAUAUAAACGGGGCAACUUUAGCGUGGACUUAAACUCACCAACACUAAAGAUGACUCCACGCAUUCCUCCCUGGCUCUUUGGAUUAUUUCUCCUUGCCCUCCGGUUCUGCUGCCAUUGCUCGUCUGCUUAUCAGCUGCUGGACGAACGUGGUCCUCGAGGAGCUUUGGACCUGACAGAGUUAAUUGGCAUUCCCCUCCCUCCCUCCGUCUCCUUCGUCACAGGCUUCGAGGGUUACCCCGCUUACAGCUUCGGCCCGGAGGCCAACGUGGGGCGGCUUACAAAGUCGUUCAUCCCCGACCCGUUCUAUCACGACUUUGCCAUCACAGUCACAGCCAAACCGACCACCCGGCAAGGCGGAGUGCUGUUCGCCAUCACCGAUGCAUAUCAGAAAAUUGUACAAUUAGGUGUGGCUUUGUCUGAAGUGGAGGAUGGCUCCCAGAGAGUCGUACUGUACUACACCGACGCAGAAACAAGAGGCCGCACCCAGGAAGCUGCUUCAUUCAAAAUGGGUGACCUGACAGGAAGAUGGGCGAGGUUUACACUCACUGUGCAGGGUUCAGAGGUGCGCCUCUACAUGGACUGUGAGGAAUACCACCGGGUUGCCUUCAUCAGGAGUGCUCAGCCUCUGACCUUCGAGUCCAGCUCAGGGAUCUUUGUAGGGAACGCCGGGGGUACGGGCCUGCAGAGGUUUGUGGGCUCCAUCCAGCAGCUGCUGUUGAAGGCAGAUCCCACGGCCCCAGAUGACCAGUGUGAGGAGGACGAUCCUUAUCCAGAGCUGGCCCCCACUUACAUUGUGAUCCCACCUCCACCCACUGAGAUGCCAACAAGUGAUGACGAAGAUGACGACUUUGAGGAAGCUUCUGGGCAGGAAACGGAGGUGACCACGGUGCAAGCAAAGUUAUUACAGACAGGUGCUUCAGUUUCCACACCUGACACUUCCCUCCAGGUUUAUCCAGGGCAGAAAGGGGAGCCAGGCCCAGCUGGUCCCCCAGGACCUCCAGGCCCCCCAGGACCAGCCUCAGAAGAAGGACAAGGAGGGGAGCCUGGACAACGAGGCCCACAAGGAGCACAGGGACCCCCAGGCACACCUGGACUUCCAGGGAAAGAUGGACACCCUGGAAGCAAAGGGGAAACUGGUUCACCAGGAGCAAAAGGAUUUCCAGGACUACCCGGAGAGUCUGGUCCUAAGGGAGAAAAGGGUGAUCCUGGUGUUGGACUACCUGGCCCUCCGGGUCCUCCAGGACCUCCAGGGCAGCCCAGCAAGUCCUCCGUGUUCCUGGAGGGUUCUGGAUUUGAAGACUUUGACAGUGACACGGAGAUUAUUAGGGGUCCCCCAGGGCCUCCAGGUCCCCCAGGGCCCCCAGGAUCUCCUUCUGAGGACAUCUUUUCUGGACUACCUGGGACUCCUGGGAAAGAUGGAAGGGAUGGAGCAAAGGGCGAACCUGGACUUCCUGGAGUCAGUGGAAAAGAUGGCAAUCCUGGGCCUGCUGGGGAGAGAGGAGACAAGGGCGAGCCGGGUGUGAGUGGUCAACCAGGACCAAAGGGAGAUCCGGGCCCACCAGGAUUCCCAGGUCUACCAGGAGCAGAUGGUCCAGAAGGACAUCCUGGUCCUAGGGGUCUGCCUGGUCCUCCUGGCCCCCCAGGGCCUCCAGGAAGAAACUUCAUCCCAGACUUUGAGGACCUGGAAGGAUCGGGGCUAGAGGCCGCUUCAGCAGCGACAUUACCCAGAGGUCCACAGGGACCUCCAGGACUCCCAGGACUUCCAGGACCCAAGGGUCAGGAUGGUUUUGUUGGUGUUCCAGGAAAGCCAGGACAAAAGGGAGAGCAGGGUGUUCCCGGGGACCCAGGCAUUCCUGGUACAGACGGACUGACUGGAGCAGAGGUCAGAGAGAAAGGGGACUCUCGAGGCCUGCCAGGACUUCCCGGCCCUCCCGGCCCACCGGGGCGCCCAGGAAUAUUCAACUGCCCCAAAGGAACAGUGUUCCCUAUACCCCCCAGACCACACUGCAAAACACCCCUUAAUUCAAAUGGAACCAUUGCAGCUGGUAACUGUCAGACAGGAAUAAAAGGGGAGAAGGGAGAGAGGGGACUUCCAGGGAUACCAGCUCCACCAAUGUCACAUAAUCAAAGAGGAGGCUGGGUGAUGAAUGGUGACCAGGGAAUCAAAGGGGAAAAGGGAGAGGCGGGGUUCCCGGGGAUUUCAGGUAUCCCUGGAAGAUCAGGACCCGUGGGGCCCAAAGGAGAAUCAGUGGUCGGUCCCCCUGGUCCCCCUGGGCCACCAGGCCCUCCUGGUAUACCAGGCUAUGGCAAGCCUGGUCUUGUUGGACCUCCUGGGCCACCAGGACCUCCAGGGCCCUCUGGGUCAUCCUUGAGAUAUGGUUCAGGUCCUACCAUUGCUGGCCCCCCAGGCCCUCCUGGACCUCCUGGACCACCUGGACCUGCUAGUCCUUCAAGUAACACAGCAUCUCUGAAAACGUUUUCGACCCGUGAGAGUAUGAUGCAGCAAACAGUGAAAGAUGCAGAGGGCACUCUGGCAUUUGUUACAACGACAGGAAGUCUCUUCCUUAAAGUUUCCCAGGGAUGGAAAGAGAUCCAGCUUGGCAGCCUGAUCCACCUCGCCAAUAACAUUAUCCCACAAGAUGAGCCUCGAGCCUCACAUCAUGUAAGAGGAGACACCAUACAAAGAAUACACUCUGUUAAAAGCAGGCUCAACCUGGUGGCGUUGAACCAGCCUCACUCAGGGGACAUGAUGGGGCUUGACAUGGCUGACCGGAUGUGCUUCGAGCAGGCCAAGGCGAUGGGUUUGGCUCCCAACUACCGUGCCUUCAUUUCAUCCCACAGACAAGACCUGGUUCACGUUGUCUAUCCAGGUUUCCGGCAGACUCUGCCAGUUACCAACCUCAGAGGAGACAUGAUGUUUAGGAAUUGGCGCUCAAUUUUCACUGGCAAUGGGGGGCCAAUCAAUACCAGGAUACCCAUCUACUCCUUUGAUGGCCGGGAUGUCUUAGCUGAUCCCUUCUGGCCUCAGAAGAGUGUUUGGCACGGCUCUACCAGCCAGGGACUCCGCGCAACAGACAAGCACUGCGAGACAUGGCGAGCAGACCAUGUAUCCGUCAUGGGCCAGUCAUCAAGCCUGACCUCAGGUCUGCUCAUGGGUCAGGAGACUCGAAGCUGUUCCAACGAGUACAUUGUCCUCUGCAUUGAGACCCACAAAAACCCGUAAACCACCCUGUCCCUGAAUACCACUCAUGCAAGGAAACCCAUCCGAGCCUCCACUGAAGUUAAAACCUCUGGAAAAAGAUCUGAGCACCCCUCUUAGAAAAACGAUGUCGCUUUCUGCACAUCUUUGGUGCUACGUGUAGCAUUUUGUGUUCUUUUUUUUUUUUACUCCACUUUCACACUUACAACAUGAAUGUUACUAAUUCUGACACCUUUCCCUCUACUGGCAUCACACAAAGAGUUUGAGGCAGUAACAAACUGCUGACAUCAGCAAGGUAUCUCCUGGGAAGGUAAGCUAAUAUUAGGUUGUUGCUACACUCUGGAGUUGAAACUAGUUUGUGAACUGCUUAGCGAAGAAAUGAAUAGAAACGACCCUUUGUGUUGUAAAGCAAUCCAAAAGAUUUCCAACUUGGCAUAUACAAUACUGUAAAACCCAGGACAGAUGCUAACAUGGGCUGCUAAUCUUUUUAGCAUCCUUCGUACUUAAUAGUCUAACAUCUCAAAUGCAAUGUGCUAAGGAUUUAGUCAUGUUAAAAAUGAUACACGCAGCACCCAGAGUUUUUUUUGUUUUGUUUUGUUUUUUCAAGAAAGGUGGCAACAAGACACAUCUGUGUUAUAUUAUGCAAACCAUACAUAAAGUAACACUCAUGGGUUUUCCCCUCAGUUGUGCAGGCGUGUUGAGGAUGAGAGAGGUCCUUUUUUUGUAGUUCUUCAGGAGACUGGAAGUAAAGACUGAGGUUGGCUGCAGGAACCUGCACCUGCCCUGAAGCGUGGCAGUCCAAAGACUUUUCCAAUGGAAGUGUAAAAGGCAACUUACAUAUUUUUUUCUAUGUUUACAGGUUGUCUUGAAAGGUUUUAAACCAAUUCAGGAAAAAAAAAAAGUUCUAUUAAGACCAGAACUCUCCACAACCAACACGUCCCUCGGACAACCAGUGUUGCCACCAAAGUAACUUUUGAUGCACUGUACUUCAUUUUUGAUAUUUUCUAGUUCAAUAUUUUCAUUCUUUAAAACAUGUUUGUCUUGUAGCUUUUUUUUUCCAUCUUAUCAGCUCUUUCUCUUAAGGGUAUUUAAUUUAAAUUCAAUGAUUUAUUUAUACUGUCACAGCACAUAACAAGAAAUCAGAUGGUUAAAUUUAAGAAUGUAAUUUAUCAUGUGUUGUUUGUCAAAUGACUGUUUCUUCUAACUUUUUGCCUGUUUUCUUUCUUUUUUUAUUUUCAUAUGUUGUCUUUUCAUUGUUUUAAAGACGUUUGGAGAAUUCUGGAGAACAUUAGCGACAUCAAAAAUAAUUUCCAUCCAGUGUAAAAGUGCCAUUAAAACAAAUCAUUCAGUUUUAUGUUGGAAAGAAACCCUAGAAACUGUCUAAGGUCAAAAGUGAAAGCAUGUGUUUUGUAUAGAUAUUGGUGCUUUAUGUUGAAUAAAGACUUUUCAUAACUUG